AUGGCCGAGCUGAACAGGACUGCCCUGGAGCGUGCGACAAAGGUCAAGAUCGAGCUCGAGGCAGACGAGGACGAGAUCGCCCUGGCCGACAAGAUCAUCGCCGAGAGCAAGCGCGACGGGUACCGGUCGCUUUCCGUUGAGGAGAGCGAGAGCGACGAGUACAUCGAGAGCGACGACCAGGACGAGGACGAGGACAUGGACGAUGUUUCUGAGUUCGAGGACGAAACAGAGCGGAAUUCGCGGCCCAAACGCAAGUCGCGCGGCGGUUCUGUUGUUUCCAAGCCGUCGUCGCGACAAGGGUCUGUUCCAGUGCUGAAGGAGGAAGAGUUGGCCCCAUUGAAGAUGAGUUCGAUCAAAUUGAUGGCUAUUCCAGACGUUGAUCGUGCCGAGGACCAGCUGCUGAACUUUGCGGACGAGGAGAAGUCGCUGUUCUACGACGGCCACGAAGGCUACUUUGAGCAGCAGAAACUGAAGAACAAGAAACCCGGAACCGCGUCGAUGGCCAUGGCUCCCGAACUCACGUACGAGGAGUAUGACAAGUACAACGAGAUCCUGGCGCUCAGUUGUAAGACGGAGGUGGCCAACUUGAACAACUACUACCGUCUGCAGUUUAGUCAGUGGGCGUUUGAAUUGCAACAAGGGUUUGGACUGGCUUUCUACGGCGUUGGCUCCAAACGGCUGCUGGUGCUGGAGUUUCUGCAGAAAUACCUGCUACCACGGUCCAAGAACGUGAAAUGCCUGGUUGUGAACGGGUACAAUCCGGAUUUCCGUGUCAAGACGCUGCUCACGGCGGUCCAAGAGACGGUCUUCGGCAUUAAGAACGCCAUUGCUCCACACAUCCACGAAACACUGUCCAAUAUCAAGGACAACUUCAACCAACAAGGCCAGCACGUGCAGCUGGUCCUGCUCAUCAACAACAUCGACGGCGACUCGUUGCGCACAGACAGAAUGCAGCAGGUGAUCAGUGAGCUGGCAGGGAUCCCCCAGAUCCAGUUUGUUUGCACGAUAGACAACAUCAGCACGCCUCUUUUCUGGAACUCGAGCAUGCUCUCGAGCUUCAACUUUGUCUGGCACAAUCUCACGACAUAUCUCUCCUACAAGGUGGAGAAUGGGUUCAAAGACCCGCUCGGUUUGGGCAAGAGCAACAAGUACGUUGGUAGCAAAGGUGUGAAGUACGUGCUGAGCUCGCUCACCUCCAAUGCCAAGAACUUGUACCGAAUGCUGAUCUUGCAACAGCUGGAAAAAAUCGAUCUGAGUCUCAACCACGACGACCUGGCCAAGCGCGCGGCCACCAAGGGAAGCACCAAGUACAGUCUGCUAUUCACAGAGUUCUACCAGCACUGUCUAUCUGAAUUUAUUACGUCUAAUGAGAUCUCGUUCCGAACGGUUCUUGGCGAGUUUGUGGAGCACAAGAUGUGCACGCUCACGAAGAACUCCUCUGGCGCAGAGAUACUGUACAUACCUUUCACCGUGGACGAGAUGGAGAAGCUGCUGGAAGACCAGUUUGUAUAA